AUGACGACGCAGUUUACUGGCAACACGACGAUCAGCAACUGCGUCUGCGCUUCAGGCCUGACCUUCAACCUGACAGAUCUAUGCGUACCAUGCCCGCUGGCGACCUACAAGACCAACUUCAGCCUGUACGGUUGCCAGCCCUGCCCGCGCUUCUUCACUACGUCUUACAACGCACAGUCUGCACUUCACGGCUUAGAAUGGCAGCACCAACUUCAACAACUGCAGCUGCGAAGCUACGUUCUACAGAGGAGCGGAGACUGUCUGCACUUGCGCGCUGGGCAAGACGCUCCACGGCGAAAUCUGCGUCAGUUGCGACAUCAACACCUACAAAGACUUCAUCAGAUACAAUGCCUGUAUCAACUGUUCGCCAAACUCCAUAACGCUUUCCAACAAACCUUCGUCCUUUGAUCAGUGUCUUGCUAUCGCUGGCUAUUACCGAAACGGAACCAACUUUUUCCAGUGCCCGCAAGCCACCUACAAGCCCGCUGUCGGGAAUACCAACUGCCCGAUUGGCUCUACCACCUUUAUACUGGCGCUACACUUGCGGCAAACUGCGUGUCGGAUCUUGGAUAUCACCAGAAAAGCGACGGAAGCUUCGCCGCCUGAGCCAUCGGGACUUAUUCCGACACGACUCUCAUCAACACGACGUCCUGCAAGACCUGCUUCCUUGGUUCUACCACUGCCAGCACAACGGCUACGACUUCCAGUCUCUGCAUUGCCGACCUUGGCU